CACACACUGUGCUUCACAGUACAACAUGAAGGGUCUCACAGUGAAUAACGUGUGCCAGUGCGGCUUAUUGAUUUACCUUCUUUUCUUUUCUCUCACUUCUUUCACCUCAGCAGUCAGCUUCGACUUGACCGAGCUUAGGAAUAAAGUGGCCAAAAUUAAAGUCAACCCCAGAGGGAAUCUGUGGGCAACAGGACAUUUCAUGGGCAAGAAGAGUGUGAUGGACGAUCCUCUGCUCUCUGCUGAGGGCCAAGGUGAUGGAGACGCAGAGGUAUCCCUGCCAGGGGGUCACAGCUCGCUCAGUGAGCUUUUCCAGGACUUCCUGCGGGUGGCGAUGCAAACACAGGUGGACUCGCAAGAAAGCCGUUUUAAAGCUCAGGAGGCGGACAUCCUGAUGAGGAUUUUAGAGAGCUACACGCAGAGAAAGUAAUGCGGAGGAUGGAUGACGCCAUGAUGGCCAUCAAGGAAGGUCGUCACACUGCACAGUCCACUGUUCAUGAUUGUAACCCAUUACUCCCAUUUUCAACUCACUUAGUGCCAUUGGCUCGUCUUUUUUUUGUUGACCAAAUGUUCUUGUUUGCAUAUUUAUAGUCAAUAAAAUGAUUUCCACUGCUGUCACUCUGACCUGAAAGGAAGAAAACAUUUCUUUGUGGACAUUUCAUCCAAUCACAUGUAAUCUGACAUGAUGUAUGUGGUUACAUAACCUUAUGAUGUCAUUUAACUUCAAUUAGCUUGUAUUCAUACUAAUGGCCGCAGAUUGUGACAUCAUCAUAUUUGUGUUCCAGUCUUGUGUGAGGAUAUAUGCAUAUUCGUAUGAGUGGAAACCUUCUUCCAUGUCCUGCAAUAUCAUGUCCAAAAUAGCACUUAUAUAAAUAAA